CGCUCCCUCACUUCCAUCCAAACCAGUAACGUUAGGCGGCGAUACUGAAUCAAAUUUGCUUGCGGUCGGUUGUCAAAUCCAACAAAGGAGUGGAAGGAAACAAGGAAGUGGUGGUGUCAGGUUUUUUGUACCACUCAAAACAUCAUGGAGUUCGCUGAGCUGAUCAAAACCCCCCGUGUGGAUGGGGUGGUCCUCCACCGACCCUUCAUGCCCACUGUGGAGGGAACUCUGUGUCUGACAGGACAUCACCUCAUCUUGUCUUCUCGCCAGGACAACACUGAGGAGCUCUGGCUGCUUCAUGCGAACAUUGACUCUAUUGAGAAAAGGUUUGUCGGGUCACUGGGAACUAUUAUUGUAAAGUGUAAAGACCUGCGGGUGAUUCAGCUGGACAUACCUGGCAUGGAGGAGUGUCUCAACAUUGCCAGCUCAAUUGAGGCUCUCUCCACGCUGGACUCUGUGUCCCUUAUGUAUCCGUUCUUCUACCGUCCUCUGUUUGAGGUCAUUGAGGAUGGAUGGCAGUUGUUUGUACCAGAGGAGGCUUUCAAAGAUCUGGAGUCUAUGACAGAUGAAUGGAGACUGAGUGAGGUAAAUAAAGACUUCAGCGUGUGCCCCUCGUACCCGUCCCUACUGACCGUGCCCAAAGACAUUGAUGAUGAAAGCCUCUGCAAAGCUGCUUCCUUUCGCCACGGUGGUCGUUUCCCUGUGCUCAGUUACUACCACAAGAAAAACGGCAUGGUGAUGAUGCGAGCAGCACAGCCACUAACAGGAACCAAUGGACGCCGCUGCAAAGAGGACGAGAAACUGAUCAACGCCACGCUUUGUGCAGGGAAGCGAGGUUACAUCAUCGACACACGGACUAUAGCUGUAGCGCAGCAGGCUAAAGCUCGCGGAGGAGGAUUUGAACAGGAAGCCAACUACCCUCAGUGGAGGAGGAUCCAUAAAGCAAUUGAGAGGUCUAAUGUUCUGCAGGAGGGUCUGAUAAAGCUGGUUGAGGCAUGCAAUGAUCAGUCGCACAGCAUGGACCGCUGGCUCAGUAAACUUGAAGCAUCCAACUGGCAGAGUAAUGUUAAGGAAAUCCUCACAACGGCCUGCCUGGCUGCACAGUGCAUUGACAGGGAAGGGGCGUCAGUGCUGGUUCAUGGCACAGAGGGCACUGAUUCAACACUGCAGGUGACGUCUCUCGCCCAGAUCAUCCUCGAUCCGGCAUGCAGAACCAUCCGUGGCUUUGAGGCGCUGAUUGAGCGAGAGUGGUUACAGGCCGGUCACCCGUUCCAGCAGCGCUGUGCACAGUCCGCAUACUCAAAUGGGAAGCCCCGAAGUGAAGCGCCCGUGUUCCUGCUCUUCCUGGACUGUGUGUGGCAGAUCCUGCGGCAGUUCCCCUGCUCCUUCCAGUUCAACGAGAACUUCCUGAUCAUGCUCUUCGAGCACGCUUAUGCCUCACAGUUUGGAACUUUCCUCGGAAACAGCGUGGCCGAGAGGUUGAAGCUGCUGCUGUCUCAGAAAACUGUUUCUCUGUGGUCAUGGGUGAACAGACCUCAGGAGCUGGAGCGAUUUCUCAACCCACUUUAUGAGCCCAAUAACCUGGUCAUCUGGCCGUCUGUGGCUCCUCAGAGCCUGCUGCUGUGGGAAGGGGUAUUCCUUCGCUGGAAUCGCUCCACAAAGUGUUUGGAUGAGGCUUAUCAGGAGAUGGUCCAUAUUAUAGAGUACAACAAGGAGCUGCAGAACAAAGUGAACAGCCUGCGCAGACAGCUGGCCCAGCUCGAGACGGAGGACGGCCCACUGCAAACACCGUAGGACAUCAACAGAAUGGUACACUUAUGAUUUACCAUCUAUGUCUUACUGAAAUAAGCCUCACGCACAUGUAUCUACACUCCUCUGAUCAUACUCUUUCUUUCUGACUCCUUUUGUCUCCGAUAGAUUCUACACUCUGCAGCUCUAUUGAUAUAUCAUUGUAGUUUUCUUCAAACACUAUGCUGCACUUGUCCUUGCGAUGUUUCAUGUAAAACACUUUAAACUGAUUAGCAGGUUAUGAUAUGGAUGUAAUUUCACUAGAAAUUGUACAUUGGUGUUUUGGUUUACAUAUUCUCAAAGAAAAGGGACUGCUGAUGUGCCAGUUUUUUUUUUUUUUUUUUUUUUUUUUUUUUUUUUAAGUCCUGUGCCAUGAAGUGCAGUAGAAAAUACAAUUCUAAAAAGAAAUAAAAGGGAAAAUAUUGGACUGACUAUUAUAUGCUGGAAAUUCAUCAUUUGAAUAUAACACAGGUGGUUUACAUAGUCUUAAAUGAUCCCUAACUCCUUCCAAAGAGACACUGAUCACAUGAUUAAAGAGAUGGUUCACCCAAAAGUCAAAAUUUGUUAAGUGUUUACUCACCCUCAAGCCGUCCAUGAUGCAGAGGAGUUUGUUUCUUCAUCAGAACAGAUUUGGAGAAAUGUAGCAUUAUAUCAGCAAGUGAUGUAAUGCUACAUUUCUCCAAAUCUGCUCUGAUGAAGAAACAAACUCAUCUACAUCUCGGAUGGCCCGAGGGCGAUACAUUUUCAUUUUUGUUCCUUUAAGAAAUUGCCAACGCUAUAUGCUUUACAAAUGUAAGAUUGUUUGUACACUGGUAAUAUUCAUAUUUGCAUAGAGUAAAAUUAUUCAGUAUAUAGUUUAAGAAUACAGAUUUCUGUUAUUGAUAUUGUGAAUGAGAAAAUAAUGUGUCAUAAAUGUCCAUCCACAACCUUUAAAAAAUCUUUACUUUUUUAUUUUUUAUUUUUUUGGAAUAUGAAAUUCUUUCAUAUUAGGAUACAUGCAGCAGUUGUUUUGGAACAUCUAAAAAUAAAGCCCACUGGGAUUAUUACAGUUUCCGUUCUGCACAAAAGCAUUUCAUUUCCUCCAGUUCUCCAUGAGUGACAUGAGCAUGGUCUUGUAGACAGAAGGUGUUUGCUGCAAAAACUCAUGCAGAUCAUUUCACAUAUCAUUUAUGCAAAUAAAUCAAGAUAUAUACACUCAAUGUGCCGUUAAAGGUUUUUGGGUUCACUUGUUUCAUAAAUGCGUGAAUAUUUCAAUCUAUUGUGUAGUGACUCCUGUAACCUAUAAAGGUCAUUUUAAUAUUCCACCGGGUUCUUACCAUCAAGUACUCUUAUGCAUUAACUAAUGUGUUUUUGUUUAAGAUAGGUUUUGAUACUGGGUUUAGACAGUCAGUUGUUGUUUUGUUUUAUUUGUUUUGUUUUGUUUGUUAUGCACGAUUUUUUAUUAUUUCAUUUUGGCACUUCAAUAGAAUCAACUGACAUGCAUCAUUAAGAUUCGCUGUAUAAUUGUCUGUACAGUCUCAUGCCUUGCUUUACAAAAUAUAAUAUUGAUUAAAUGUUUAACUGAAAUAUGUUAUGUUCUGUGGGCAUUAAAUGAUUGUUUAAUGUA